UCUGAAAGCGCGUGAGCAGAGAGGGCGAAACACCUGUGGGGAAAGCUCAGGUGGGCAGGGAGUGUGGAUACAAGGAUUUUUGACGGACCAAAAGGAUUUUCAUCGAGUGUCAGCAGUCGUAGCAGCAGUGAAGGUGAACUGCAAGGAUCUUGUCUUAAAAUGGAGUUGGAUAACAUAAAGUCCUCAGCUGCACUCAUUUAUGAUGAGUUCAUCCAAAAUGCAGAUUCACGGACGGGGAACUGGUUUCUUAUGUCGUCUCCUAUCCCCCAAACGAUCAUCAUUGCCGCAUACAUUUACUUCGUCACAUCGCUCGGGCCUCGGAUAAUGGAGAACCGCAAAGCCUUUGACCUCAAAGGCAUUCUCAUUGUCUACAACUUCGGUGUGGUCGCUCUCUCGCUCUACAUGUGCUAUGAGUUUGUGAUGUCGGGAUGGGGCACCGGAUACUCUUUUCACUGUGACUUGGUCGACUACUCUGAUUCACCACAGGCCAUGAGGAUGGCGGCAACAUGCUGGCUUUACUAUUUCUCAAAGUUCAUUGAGAUGUUGGACACAAUCUUCUUUGUCCUGAGGAAGAAGAACAGUCAGGUGACAUUUCUUCAUGUGUACCAUCACUCCAUCAUGCCCUUCACCUGGUGGUUUGGUGUUCGUUUUGCUCCAGGUGGUCUGGGGACAUUCCACGCCUUGCUCAACUGUGUUGUCCAUGUUAUCAUGUACUCAUACUAUGGUCUGACUGCCAUGGGCCCCAACUACCAGAAGUACCUGUGGUGGAAAAAAUACCUCACUACCAUUCAACUGGUCCAGUUUGUUAUGGUAACCAGCCACAUCUCCCAGUAUUUCUUCAUGAAGGACUGUCCCUACCAGUUCCCCAUCUUUAUCUACAUCAUUGGCCUCUACGGCCUGAUUUUCCUGUUCCUCUUCCUCAACUUCUGGUACCACGCCUACACCAAGGGCAAGAGGCUGCCUAAAGUGCUACAGGCUCAGACAUGGGCACACCACACCAACGGAGUUAUGAAUGGAAACGCCAGUCAUGAAAAAGAUGAGUGAUGCAUGACUCGGCUAAUCGGGGGGGUUGACCUCAUUUACAUAAGCAAACCAUUGUGGUGGAGAUUCACUCAAUUUGGUUUUUUUUUUUGUUUUUUUUUUUAAAUUGCUUUUCUACUUGUAACUGCAAAAGACAAUCUUUAAAUUAUGACCAAACUUAUAUUUAAGACCUAAGCUGAAGGGUUUUUAUCUUUGUUUACAGUGAAGGUAAAGACCAGUUCUGCUAUGGAAAUGUCAAAAUCAAGAUAUCCUUACUUUUUCUGCUACCGUAUGAGUUUUCAAGUUUGAAGAUCAUCUCCACUAUUCACAGAUUAUAGGGCUUCACCUAUGGUAAGACUGCAGGACCCUCAGCUCUACGUCCUCAAAAAAAGCUUCUAGUGCUGAGAUCAAUUUUUUUUUUUUUUUUUUCUUUUAAAGUUGUGCACUGAAAAGUUUAGGGUUGUUUAUUUCACUACGCCUAAAAUGUUCCGAGUCGACAUUUUUAUAAUGGUGUUUAGGCUUCAUGUCCUGUUGUUAAAUGGGUUUUAUGCAUGCAGAACAGGGUGUUUAUAGGUCUGAUCACAUAUGCAUACCCACUUCUCUGGCUUGAGUCACAGCUGCUGAUGGUACAGACAUUCAGUGGAAAGAGCUCUCUUAACAGUAAUGGCAAUUUAUUCUCCUAACUUAAUAAUCCUCCUAUGAAGCGAUGGUGUGACAGAGAUGCCAGAGAGGGAGGCUACUGGUUCUUGUAGGAUCCAGAGCUUUAGCUACAGUUUUACUGCUUCCUAACUGAGGCAUAUUGCAAAAUAACACUGUAUUACUGGACCACAGUAUGUCCAAUUAUAUGGAGUCACUACUUGGCCAACCAGUCACAAAACAUGAGCAUGUUUUUUGCUUUUUGAGUAUUUGCUUCAUAUGUUGAAGCCCUGUGGCUAAUAAUGUCUUCAGAUGGCUGCAGUCAGGUAGUGUCUUUGGACUGAGGUCUGUGGAGUAGUUUUUAUAUGUAGUUAUGAUGAUCUUAAACUGAAAAGUGAAUGUAACACUGCUCCUUUGGUAACUGAGGUCGCAGAAUUGACCUUGGUGUGGAAAGAGUUCCAUUUUUUUUUUUUUUUUUUUUUUUUUUUUUUUUUUUUUUAAAUUCAGGUGCAAGCCCAUGUUAACAUAAGAUUUACAGAUGUGUGUACAUACAACCUAAAAAUCUGGGUGAAUAUUAUUAUUAUUAUUAUUUUUUUUUUUUUGUUUUGUAUCUGUUUCCCUCCAGUUCCUUUCAGAUCCCUUUAUACUAUAGUUAAUACUGUAAGAAAUAUGUGACAUGUUGUUUAUAUUGUAUUUUAUAUGUAUUUAUAUAAAAAAAUAAAUGAUCAUACUUUGAAA